AUGGCAGGAUGGUCCUUUCAACACCUUCUUAGCUUUCUUAUGCUUUUGCUGCUAUGUGCCAAACCUGGCCUGGGGAAUGUUACUGGGUGCAUAGAGAGGGAGAGAAAAGCUCUCCUUCACUUCAAACGUCGCCUUGUCGAUGACUAUGGCCUUCUUUCUUCUUGGAGAGAUGAACAUGACAACAGAAAUUGUUGCAACUGGAGAGGAGUCCAGUGUAGUAACCAGUCAGGUCACGUCAUCAUGCUUCAUCUUCAAGCCCCUUGGUCUGAAAAUGCUUAUGAGUACCAGUCUCUAAGAGGUGAGAUAAGUCCUUCACUGCUUGAAUUGGAGCACUUAACUCAUUUGGAUCUCAGCUGUAAUGAUUUUGAAGGGAGACAUAUACCUCCAUUCCUUGGUUCCCUCAGCAGAAUGCAGUACCUCAAUCUCUCUCAUGCCAAUUUCAAUCACACCGUUCCCACUCAACUGGGAAAUCUUUCCAACUUGUUUUCCCUUGAUCUUAGCGAUGAUUAUGAUUAUUAUCGUAGUUCGAAUUCUGGGAACCUUGAGUGGCUUUCUCGUCUUUCUUCUUUAAGAUUCCUUGACUUGAGUAAUGUCCACCUUAGUGAAGCCAUCCACUGGUCACAAGCAAUUAAUAAGCUCCCUUCUCUCAUUCACUUGGAUUUACGAGGUUGUGAUCUCUCUCCCAUCCCCCCACUCACCAUUCCGUCUCUUUCCCAUGGGAAUUCCUCUGUCCCUCUUGUUUUCCUUGAUCUCUCUGGGAAUUAUCUCACUUCUUCAAUAUACCCAUGGUUGCUCAACUUUAGUACCACCCUCCUUCAUCUUGAUCUCUCUUUCAAUGGUUUAAACGGUUCGAUUCCGGAAUAUGCUUUUGGGAACAUGAGUUCUCUUGAAUAUCUUGAUCUCCAUUCGAGUGAACUUGAUGAUGAAAUUCCGGAUACAAUUAGAGACAUGGGUUCACUUGCAUAUCUUGAUCUCUCUGAAAAUCAACUAUGGGGCUCAAUUCCAGAUACAGUUGGGAAGAUGGUUUCACUUUCACAUCUUGAUCUCUCUUACAAUCAACUGCAGGGCUCAAUUCCAGAUACAGUUGGGAAGAUGGUUUUACUUUCACAUCUUUAUCUCUCUGGCAAUCAACUGCAGGGCUCCAUUCCAGAUACAGUUGGGAAGAUGGUUUUACUUUCACGUCUUGAUCUCUCUUACAAUCAACUGCAGGGCUCAAUUCCAGAUACAAUUGGGAAUAUGGUUUUACUUUCACAUCUUGAUCUCUCUCACAAUCAACUGCAGGGCUUCAUUCCAGAUACAGUUGGGAACAUGGUUUCUCUUGAAAACCUCUAUCUCUUUCAGAAUCAUCUUCAAGGUGAGAUUCCAAAAUCCUUGAGUAAUUUAUGUAACUUACAAGAAUUAGAGUUGGAGAGAAACAAUCUUUCUGGACAACUUACACCAGACUUUGUGGCUUGUGCAAAUGACACAUUAGAGAUUCUGUCUUUAUGGGAUAACCAGUUCAGUGGAUCAGUUCCUGCUCUCAUUGGAUUUUCAUCCUUGAGAGAGUUACGUCUUGAUUUUAAUCAACUAAAUGGAACUUUACCUGAAAGUGUUGGACAGCUAGCCAACCUUCAAUACUUGGAUAUUGCCUCAAAUUUAUUGCAAGGCACUAUCUCUGAAGCCCAUCUCUUUAAUCUAUCCCAAUUGUCCUAUUUAGACUUAUCUUCCAACGCUCUCACUUUCAACAUGAGCUUGGAGUGGGUUCCUCCAUUUCAACUGUAUUCUCUACGAUUAGCCUCCUGCAAAUUGGGACCUCGUUUUCCUAGUUGGCUUCGUACUCAAAACCAAUUGAGUGAGCUUGAUAUCUCCAAUUCUGAAAUUUCAGAUGUCCUCCCAGACUGGUUUUGGAAUGUAACCUCAACUGUCAAUACCUUGAAUAUUUCCAACAAUCAGAUCAAUGGGACCUUACCGAAUUUACCACAACUUCCUUAUCAGGUGCGAUGGUGGGAUUUCUCCGAUAACAAGUUAUCGGGGUCCAUUUCUUUAUUAUGUACAGUUGGUGAGGAGUUACUUCUACUUGACCUCUCAAACAACUCGUUGUCGGGAGGGCUGCCCAAUUGUUGGGUGCAGUGGAAAAGCUUGGCAGUCCUUAAUUUGGAAAAUAACAGAUUUUCUGGGCAAAUUCCAAAUUCAUUUGGCUCCUUGCGAUCAAUUCGAACACUACAUUUGCGCAACAACAAUUUAACCGGAGAAUUGCCUUUGUCUUUUAAGAAUUGUACAAGUUUGAGGUUCAUUGAUUUGGCAAAAAAUAGGUUAUCAGGAAAAAUACCAGAAUGGAUUGGAGGAAGCCUCCCAAAUCUGAUUGUUCUAAACCUAGGAUCUAAUAGAUUCAGUGGAGGUAUAUCUCCAGAGCUAUGCCAAUUGAAAAAUAUUCAAAUAUUGGACCUCUCUAGCAACAAUAUGUUAGGUGUUGUACCGAGAUGUGUUGGUAGUUUCACUGCCAUGACUAAGAAAGGGAGCUUGGUCAUUGCUCAUAAUUAUUCAUUUACAAAUAUUGGUGGUUGUGGUUAUAUGGGAUGCAUGCCUAGAAAUGCCUCUUAUGUUGAUAGGGCAUUGGUUAAAUGGAAAGCAAGAGAAUUUGAUUUUAAAAGUACUCUUGGGCUUGUAAAGAGUAUUGACCUUUCAAGCAACAAACUAUGGGGGGAAAUUCCAGAAGAAGUAAUUGAUCUUGUAGAAUUAGUUUCAUUAAACUUAUCAAGGAACAAUUUGACUGGACUGAUCCCUGCAAGAAUUGGUCAAUUGAAAUCAUUGGAGGUUCUUGAUUUGUCUCAAAAUCAUCUUUUUGGCGAAAUUCCUACUAGUCUUGUUGAAAUAAGUGGUCUAAGUGUCUUAGAUCUCUCUGACAACAACUUGUCUGGUAAAAUUCCACAAGGUACUCAACUUCAAAGCUUCGAUAAUGAUUCCUACAAGGGAAAUCCUACACUCUGUGGAUUGCCUCUUCUGAAAAAGUGUUCUGAAGAUAAAAUAAAGCAAGAUUCUCCCACUCAUAACAUUGAAGACAAAAUUCAGCAAGAUGGAAAUGACAUGUGGUUUUAUGUUAGCAUUGCUCUUGGAUUCAUUGUUGGAUUUUGGGGAGACUGCAACUUUGUUCUUGCCAUAUUAGCAUGGUUGAAUGCAAAUCGUUGUGUCCUUCCUUCUAUGAUUAAUCUUGGGAUGUAA